UUCGGGUCGCGGCGGCGCUUGGGCCUCGCGGCGCCCCGUAGCCUCGCCCGGCCGCGCGCGCCGGUGGGGGGCGGGGGCUCGCGGGGCGCCGCUAAGGACUUGAGUGACUCUGGACCACUGGUACUGAAAUGAUACUACAGAAGGUGGCAAUUGCAUCGUGUUUGUUGGAUGAAACCUAAAUACUUACUUUCAGUCAAGUGGGUAAACCCCCAUAACUGCGGUUUACAUGUGUAAGUCACUGCGUUACUGUGUUAGUCAUUGUCUCUAUGCAGCAAUGGCAAGACUAGAAGAAGCCAACAAAGAAGUGAACAUGCAUUCUUCAAUCAGAUACCUUGGCUAUCUUGCCAGAAUCAACCUGCUGGUUGCUAUUUGCAUGGGCCUUUAUGUCAGGUGGGAAAAAACUGCGGAUGCACUGAUUUUGGUAAUUUUUAUUUUGGGGCUCUUUGUUCUUGGAAUUGCCAGCAUACUGUACUACUAUUUUUCAAUGGAAGCAGCAAGCUUGAGUCUUUCAAAUCUUUGGUUUGGUUUUUUGCUUGGCCUUCUCUGUUUUCUUAAUAAUUCUGCCUUUAAAACAGAUGUGAAAGAAGAAGCUACUAAGUAUUUGCUCCUCUCUGCCAUUGUUUUAAGGAUAUUGUGUGCUUUCGUUGAGAGGAUUUGUGGUUGUAUCCAUCAUCGACCAACACUGCUGACAACAGUUGAAUUUUUGGAGUUAGUUGGAUUUGCAAUUGCUAGCACAACUAUGCUGGUGGAAAAAUCUAUGAGUAUUAUUCUGUUGGUCAUAGCUUUGGCCAUGUUGAUUAUUGAUUUGCGUAUGAAAUCUUUUUUGGCAAUUCCAAAUUUGGCAAUUUUUGGAGCCAUUGCAUCUUUACUCUUUUUUCCAUCACUGCAAAUCCCCACAAACCCUUUUGCCUUGGCAUGUUUCUUCAGCUGCCUGAUUUCAGAUCCCCUUCUCGACAUUUACUUCAGUGGACUCUCAGUUACUGAACGAUGGCAACCCUACUUGUACCGUGGUAAAAUUUGCAGAAGGCUUUCUGUCAUUUCAGUUGCAGUCAUUGAACUGAUCUUUUUCAUUCUCGCAGCUUUUAAACUAUGGGAUUUGGAUCUUUGGUAUUUUGUGAUACCUGGGUUUUCUAUUUUUGGAAUUUUCUGGAUGAUCUGUCAUGUGAUCUUUUUUAUAACUCUUUGGGGAUUUCACACAAAACUAAAUGACUGUCACAAGGUAUACUAUACCCACCGUGCAGAAAACAACAGCCUGGACAGAGUUAUGGCAUCUAAAGGAAUGCGUCACUUCUGUUUAAUUUCGGAACAACUGGUAUUUUUCAGCCUUGUGGCGACUGCUGUUUUGGGAGCCGUUUCUUGGCAGCCAACUAAUGGGAUCUUCAUGAGUGCAUUUCUCAUCGUUUUACCUCUGGAGUCUAUGGCUCAUGGGCUUUUCCAUGAGUUGGGAAACUGUCUGGGAGGAACGUGUGUUGGAUACGCUGUUGUGGUUCCCACGAACUUUUGCAGUCCUGAUGGCCAACCAACUCUUCUUCCCCCUGAGCAUGUGCAAGAGUUAAAUCUGAGGUCCACUGGCAUGCUUAAUGCCAUCCAAAGAUUUUUUGCGUAUCACAUGAUUGAAACAUAUGGUUGUGACUACUCUACAAGCGGACUGACCUUUGAUACCCUUCACUCCAAGAUCAAGUCUUUUCUUGAACUUCGGACAACAGAUGGACCCAGACACGAUACCUACAUUUUAUAUUACAGUGGUCAUUCACAUAGCACCGGUGAAUGGGCACUGGCAGGAGGUGAUGCUUUAAGACUUGACACACUUCUGGAGUGGUGGAGAGAGAAGAACAGCACUUUUUGUUCUCGACUCAUCAUCAUUUUAGACUGUGAGAACUCUCGUCCAUGGGUUAAAGAAGUAAGAAAAGUAAAUGACCAAUAUGUCGCAGUGCAAGGAGCAGAAAUGGCCAAAGUUGUAGACGUCGAGGAAGCAGACCCUCCACAGCUCGGUGACUUCACCAGGCAAUGGGUUGAGUACAACUGUAACCCCAACAGCAACAUCAGCUGGUCCGAAAAGGGCCGUACGGUGAAAGCAGUGUAUGGUGUGUCAAAACGCUGGACUGACUACACUUUGCAUCUGCCAACGGGAAGCGAUGUUGCCAAACACUGGAUGAUAUACUUCCCACGUAUCACCUAUCCAUUAGUACAUUUGGCAAACUGGUUUUGUGGUCUCAAUCUGUUCUGGGUCUGCAAAGCGUGCUUUAGGUGCUUGAAAAGAUUGAAAAUGAAUUGGUUUCUUCCCACAGUGCUGGACACAGGACAGGGUUUCAAACUCGUCAAAUCCUAAUUAGGAACCAAAGAGGAAAUUAAGUGAGAGCUCUGGGAACUUUUAUCACUUUACCAUGCUUAAAACUUUUUAUAUGACUAUUUUUCUCUGAAAAAAAAUCUGCUACACUCACUUUAUUCAGCUCUUUGAGCAGUAUAUGCAACAGUUAAAAACUGUGAUCCUAAGCAGAAGAGAGUAGAUUUGAGUUUUGUUACUGGUUUCUAUGUACAUAUGAUAGAGACAUUUAAUAUGUCCAUGCAUUUUGGAGACAGUUUACGUGUUCGUAGGUGUUACUUAAAGCAGCCUUCAUUUAGAAUCACCAGUUUGAUGGACAACAGCUCCUGUGAAUGUUAUAGCAUGCUUAUUUAUCAUUUAUAUCCACUGUAAGGUUCAAAUACCGGAAAGGAACCAAGCUGAUAUUCAAAUCAAUAUAUAUAUAUAUGUCCUUGAAAUUAUACAGUGGGCCAAGGGUAUUAUAAAACAGCACUGAGCCAAAAAAAUAGAAUAAUGAAUAGCCAUUGUAGAUAAGCAGCUAUCAAGAUUUUUUAGGUUUAUUUGCUUUUACAUCUUCAGGGCCUGCCUCAAUUCUCUACUGCCAUCAGUGGAAAUUUGCCACAGCAAACAAGGAAAUCAGACAACCCCGUACUGUUCUGAUGCUGCUUGGAUGUUUUAUGGAAUGCAAUUUUAAAAGGUUUCAGUGUUACUUUUGAAAUUCACGGUCUUGCUGGUGACUUUUUUUUUUCAAUAUUCCUCAGUAGUUAAUUUAUAUGUGGAAUAAAAAGUGCACUGAGAGGUUUCCCCUCACGUGUUAGGGUAGUUCUGUCUUUUCCAGGCUCUUACUAGUUUGUAUUUUGAAAAGUUACCCUGAAGAAAAAGAAACAAAACCCAGGGUAUUUAACAAAGAAAAUAAUCCAUAGAUAAAAAACGGAAAUAUAAGUGUUGCCUUGCUUCCAUGUUUAUCUGAAGUCUUUGCUGUCCCUAAGACCUUGAUGCUGUAAAAUGCUGAAUGUAGGGUUGGACCGUUUAAUUCAUUAUCUCUUAACUAUUAUCAAAGCUUAUCAGAAAGACUAGAUUAUGCCCCUAGGACAAGAGUGAAUCCUGAGUAUUCCUCGACUCUGUUCUCCUCACCACAAGGUCCUAAUCUUAAUCCUUCUGCUUACAGAGCUGGAUGGGACUUUGGAAAUCCUGCCCCAGCCUUUCCUCUUCAGUCAGAAAAGCUGCCUAGCUUUCUAAUCUUGUACUCUCAAGUGCAGAAAAUAUGGAGUGAAACAAUUAAGCAGCUAAGCACCACUUUGUGGUGGAUUUUUUUGCAUAUUUGUGUGCAAUGCAACAGACCUAGAGUUUACUUUUUUUCAGUUCCCAUCAGUAUUUUAAUAAAAAUGUUAGGCAUUAGCUGAUAUUUGUCUAAAAUAUAACUUAUUAAUAAUUUUAUUUAAAUAUAUGAGAAUACUUUAGGAGCUCAAGUUUUUGCCAGCAAGGGUUUUUCUAAUUCUGUUUAGACUCUUUAGUCCGCUAAGUUAGAGAAUCUGUUAAUACUUAUACAUCUUAGUAACUCCGGGAAACAAAAUGUGUGAUUAAAUUAUGAGAUCUGCCAUAGCCAGAGUAAUUUGUACUCACCAACCUCAAAAUGGUGAUUUUGUACAAUUUGCAAGUGACAGCCACUAAGAUUCUUCAUUAGUGUGUAUUACACAAUUUUGUUUAGCAAGACAGCACCCCAACCCCCCUUUGCCUUUCUUCAGCCGCUUCCAUAAUGUGAAAGAAGGUGAAGAAAUGAGAGAUGAGAUGAGGUAUCUUACCAAGGCACAAUUCCAUUAGGUCUUCUCUAAAUAAAUGGUGUGAUUGCAGCUCUGUCACAGGUUGGAGAUGUGGCCGUUCUCAGUAAGGGCAGAGGGUAAUCACACCACCUAGCGUCAGGUGUCCAAUGUUGGUUUCUAAUGUAGAAGCCUGAUGUAGGAGUGAUCUCUUUUUAAUUCACAUCUCUGAAAGCUUAACAUCUGUGCUCCGCUGGUACGUAACAAAGAUAAAUAAAUAUUUCCAGAGGAAAACUCAUUUGAUCCCUGUUUUAGGAUUAAUUUUCCUGUAAUUGUGCCGGUUAGAUCUGUUUAGAGUUUGCUAUCAUAUGCCAAAGGUCAAGCAAACAAAUCCUUUAUAUCUGUUUAAUAACUUCAGAGCACUUCUAUUCUUAGUUGUCCUCUGGAGCCUGGGCUGGGAACAUCAACUCCUCGUUCAAGCACAGAAAUUGGAUAUUAAAGUUAAGGUGAAUGAGCAUCCAUCAUGUUGCAGAAAAGCAGCACUGCUGCCUCUGCGGGAGGCAUUUUCAGCCAUUUCUGGUCAACAACCCUUGAGCACAGAGAGAAAAUAUUGCAUAAAAGGCAAUCAUUUGGUUUGUAAAAUAACCAUUGUUUUGGCCUGCUAUUUCAGUAAAAGGUCAUCUGAUUGUAUCAUAAGUUGUUCCAACUAGAGCGCUGCAAGGGUUUAACACAGUCCCUUUACCACAACACUGUAAUACCUGAUAGAAACCCUGUGAACAUUUGAGAGUCAGUGAGUUAGUCAUUUUUGGUUCGGAAAAGCUUUGGACAUCAACCGUAACACUUCUCACUAAUUAUGAGUUGGUCUUAUUCUGUAUUUGCUGCUGUUAGAUUUUUGUGGACGUCAUCUGUAUCUUUCUUUUUGUAGAUCAAGGGGAAUGGGAAAAGUGUGGGACUCCUGACCUGUCCUGGUAUUGUGAGCAGACUAAGAGUAUCCACUCUGCAGUUCAGUGGUGGGUAUAGCUCUGGGCAGAACAGACACAACAGUUGGUGCUGAUCUUUUGCCUCUGUUUAUUGAAUGUUCCAGCUUAUUUAUCAAACUGUUACAUUUUCUGUAGAAUAGACUGCGUGAUUUGUAGCAGUUUGCUGAAAGUUACAUAAAGAGUCAACUGAAAAAAACCAGCAAAAAGAUGCCAGGCAAAACUAAUAAUGUGUUUGUAGAUUUGUUUCAGUUUUCUGAAUCAAAGAACUCUAGAUUUCUGAAUUUGAAAUAGUUUUAACAGGAGCUAAGGUAUUCCUAUUUUUGAUCUUAUCAUUUUUUUAAAGAGCAAAGGCAUGGUGAAAGUGCUGAUUUAAACUAAAAGAAAUGUUUACAUUCAAAACUGUAAGGCCUUUUUGGACAGAGAGACUGUCUUGUGUGUUUCAAAACACAAUAAAUCCCAGAGUGUGGGAUGAUGAGUCUCAGGAAUCAAUAGUAUUAAUUCUCCGCUUCUACACUGAUUAAUAUCAAGGUGUCUACCCAUGACCCACAUUCCCAGUUGGAGUUUUUCUCUGGCUUCUGGCACUGACACACCCCCACUGGUUUCCACCCAGCCCUGGACACGUGCCUGAGAGACAACGUACCAGGAGCUCCUAACGUCAGUGAGGAGUUAUCCCUCUGCUGUUCCCUUGAACUUGAAAGAGAAAUUUAAAUCUAAUCCCAAAGAAUGUUACCUAUGCUUUAGUUACAUGCAGGUUGUUUUUCUUUUAGCAGUAACAAGCUUAUGAAUUAAUUGUUUGGAUAGAGAAAAUCUAAAUUUUUUCUUGAGAGGCUUGUCUCAGUACUGUAUAUUCAGACAUUUUGUUAUAAAGGUUAUUAUAAAUUUAUAUUACAGCAGUAAUUUUAUGUUGACUCUUUCAUUUACCUCCUGCAUUGUAUCAGCCUUACUGAAACAUGCAAAUUCUCCAAGUCCUACAAACACAAAUCUUUCUUUAAAAGGAAUUCGGAUUGCAAAUUCACAGUAAUGUUUUUCUCUUUUCUUCUUCACUAUGAGAGUAGUGAGGCACUGGCACAGGUUGCCCAGGAAAGCUGUGGCUGCCCCAUCCCUGAAGGUGAUGAAGGCCAGGUUGGAUGGGACCUUGGGCAGCCUGGUCCAGUGGGAGGUGUCCUUGCCCAUGGCAGGGGUUUGGAACUAGAUGAUCUCUAAAGUCCCUUCCAACUCGAACCAUUCUAAGUAGGGGUGGAAAAAGCCAUUCUUCUUCAUUUUUGCACUACCAGAGUUACAAAUUUGCAGUUCCUUAUGCUUUGUAUGCCUUGUGAUUGUUGUUGUCUAUCCUUCAGUUCAAGUUUUUCCCAGAAAUAAUUUCUUUGCCUUCAUUAAGUUUUCUUUUAAUUUUGCAAAGGUAUAACUAAUGCUAUGCUAGUUGUAAAGCACACCUGCUGCCAGCAGUAGACAAUGUAACUUGGUUGAAUCUCUUGUUUAGAAAUAACUUUUCUGUGGGAGGAUUUUUACAGGACAUACUGAUUUUACAUCUGUAAAUAGAUUUUUUUUGUCUGUAUUUGUGAUAUUGCUUAAAUAUAUUUUGCUGUUUUGGAUACUCCCAAGAU